GAAACCAGUUAAGGUCGUGUGAAUGAGGUGGAUUUGAACAGUAGUCGACAACUCAUGUUUGCUUUCAAGAAGAUUCCACGUCAAAAAUCUCAGGAUCUGCACGAUGAAACUGACGCGACUAGUAAUCGGAAUAAGCAAAAACUUUUUGUCACUAUGUUUGAAUCCAAACGAGCUCAAAUAAUUGUAUACUUGUCAAGUAGACGUUUAUGUUCCUGCUUCAUUUUACUUGGUUGUGAUACACACCUCGCAAUUUUUGGUAAAGCAAGAUUUACUCACUUAUGUGGGCCAAUGAUCACUAUAUGGGGAGGAAAUAUAGGACCAAAUCCUUCCAGCUCAUAUGAUCUUUAUUCACCUACUUCACACACUCCUUUAUCUAUUACUCAAUGCCCACACGAAAAAUCGGAAUAUGUAAAUAAAAAUGCAGCUCAGGGACUUCAAUCUUCCGAAAUCAAAGUUGCUCUAGAGAGUUUGUGUGAUCCAAGUGAUGUUCAAGUUCUGACAGAACGUCUUGGCAAAGAAAUGAGUGUCUUUCGGGACCAUGUGACUGUUUUACACUUCAGUCCUCAUCGGAGUCGAGUCCUAAACUCACUUUCUGAGAUUAAACGGUUCCGUUUUUUGUUUCAUCUGCCAUCAGAAGGCACUGUACCAAAUGCCUCCUUAGCUAAGUUACUUGGGUUUACUUUUCUCGAACAUGAUGGGAGCCUUGGAUAUCAGGUCGCACCAGAAGUUUCACGUAUUUCACUGAGACUUCGCUCCGUCCCCGUAGUUGAUCCAUGUAAUGAUUAUGUAAGGAAAUUACUAAUUUGUGGUCCGAAGGGUGCUGGAAAGUCAUCUCUACUGCGUUUUUUAUCAAACAUAAUCCUUACAGAUGUGGAAUAUCCUCUUAAAGAAAAAUGUGUUGCAGUUCUUGAUUGUGAUAUUGGGCAACCUGAAUUUACUCCGAAUGGAAUUAUAAGUUUGUGUCUAGUCAAACUGCCACUGUUUGGUCCUCCGUAUACUCAUAUUUUAUCCACUAAUGUAAAUAUUAUCCGUCAGUGUUUUGUCGGUUGCAUUACACCCUCUGAUGAUCCCAGUUUCUACUUGAAAUGUCUCAACUUUGUAUAUGAUGCCUACGUUAAUUUACCUGAACCAAAGCCGCGUUUACUAGUCAAUACAAUGGGCUGGAUGCAAGGGCUUGGAUUAACACUGCUGUUAGAACAAAUACUCUUAGUUAAACCAGAUCUGAUCAUUCAGCUUCGUACAACGGGAUCUUCAAAUAAUCGCACAAACUCUCCAGAUCUAAAUAGUAGUUCAUUAAAAACUAUGGACACCUGGAAUUCACGGGACAUUUCCAACGAAACAUUUAACCAUGAUGUGAUUCUUAUAGAAUCUGACGUCAAAUUGUACAAGUAUAAUACAAUAGAUGACCCACGAUACAAUCUUGGUCCUCCUGAUCAUCGCGAUUUAAUGAUGCUGACUUAUUUUAUGUCCACUUUGGCUUGUGCAUAUACUAGCUUACCUUCUAGACUAAAAGAUGAACCUCUUGGACAUCCAGUAGCACAUUUGCUGGAUUGUAUCCCUUACCAAGUUCCAGUUACUGUUCCAUCUAAACAACAAGAUAAAUGUGGAAACGUAAAUGAACAAAAAAAUGUAAUACUCAGUAGCUCAGUUUCUACAUUUGAUGUUCAGCACGACACAUUAGAAAUUGAUUCGUUAUACACUAAUAAGAAUGAUUCAAAUCAUUUGGCCUUUCGGAUAAUGCGCCCAGAUUCUAAUCUAUUUGCAGAAAAUUUUGCUUUUCCAUCAAGUGUCGAUAGUUUAUUAGCUUGUUUAAAUGCUACCCUAGUUGCCCUUUGCGUUGUACCACAACAUAAUGUAAGUUCUGCGUAUAUAAAUACAUCCGUAAUAUAUGAUAUUAUAUAUUUAUGCUUUGAUUAUUAACGGUUGUUCUGCUUUCCAGUGAUUUAUAAUUCCCUCUUGUGUGUGUGUGUAAGUUUAAUUUUUAAAAUCGUUUUCAUCAUAUUGCCUUUAUCGUUUUCUUGUGCAAACUGGUUGAAACCACAAACUUACCAUAUCUAGUCAAUCAUUCUUGUCAUUAAAAUGUAAUUAACAAAGUGAAUAAAUUAGUUUGCCUUACAUUAGUAUAUACGACUGUUUGUAUUUUAAGUCAUUUUUCGUGGAAAGUUGCUUUAAAUUUCCUUAUCGUAACAAUAAAGUUCGAUUGAAUAAAUCCUAAACUAGUUUUUUCUGUUAUAUCCUAACAAAGUAUAAAUGAAUGGUAACGUCUGGGAAUUAUUUGUGGUCUAAUGUUAUACAUAUAUUCUUAUUGUGUAACUAUUAAGUAACUAUAUUACAUGUAUAUUCAUAUUCCUUUUAUUAUAAGCUCCCAUUUGACCUAUUGACUACUACUACACUAUCUAUUACUCUUAAGUUAUUCCUAAUUUACUAGUUACAGCCAUUUUUUGAAUUGAUGUUGCAUAAUUGUUAUUUUCUAUUUUACGGUGUAAUGCGGUCUGGUUUGUUUGUAUAUAAACCUAGUGUGUCAAAUAUAUGACUCAUACAGUGGGAGCUGGGACUUGUGUUCUGGAUUCAAAUGGACAGGGCUGGGAGAGAAGGACCAUUAAGGAUUCAGAAUUCAUUCUAGGCUGCUCGUACCGGUUAACGCGUCAUUGAUACAGUGCUAAGAUUGUAUAAGCCGUAUUCUGAUUGGCAAUCUUAAUACAUGUUAAUUAAUCGGGCAAAAGAUAUAAUAUUUUCCUUGUUUUGUUAAUAUUUAAUAUAAUCACCUAAAAUGUGAUAUUUUCUAUGAUUCCUUUACCAUAUUUUACAUUAAUCAUAUGCUCUGUGGUAAAAGUUUUUCAUUAUAAGGUCUAGUGAUUUAAUUCUUUGUGACCGUAAGACCUAAUGAGAGGAAUUAACCAAAAUACUUACUUGUUUAAGUUAUACUUUACAUUUUAACAUUUAUUGUAAGUGAAUUUCUGGAUAUUCGUCCAUGUCUCAGAUACACGGUACAAUCUUUCAUCUGACAGAUCCAAUUUGAGAAUCCUCUUUUUGUUGUUAAUUAAUCAAGGGAAUUACGGUAUUAAACAACAAUCAACUCAUCAUUUUAUUAUAAAUAGUCAAGUCCCUAUUAUUUGAUCCCUAUCUAAUUGUCUAACCAUAGCGUAAUUCCCAUAAUGUCUAAAGUUGUAAGCCUUUGAGGUACAGAGAAAAUGUUAUUAACAUCUAUUUUAUUGACUGUAAACGAAAUUUGUAUAAAUAACUUUACAUUUCACGAGACUAAUCAUUUAAUGUGCACAUCUACUGUCAUCUAAUAUUCUAACAAAGUUUAAUAAAAAAAAUACUAUUAGUAGAAAAAUAAAAUAUGAUUUCUUAGCUAACGACAGUUUAUUUAAGUCGAUGUACAGGUCAGCUGAUCACAUAUGUAAUGUCCUAUCAAUGAAAGUAGUGAAUACCAAAUAACUGUCAUUUUUAUUUUAUAGGUUACACGUAUUGAAUAUCAUCUUAUUAGUAGUGUGGCAAAUUAAACUGGGUACUACGUGCUAGGUAUAGCUCCUCUCCUACGCUUAAGUUUGUUAACGUCUAAUUUUUUAAAUCCCUUCAAUUAACUUAUCUAACAGAUAGUGUUAUCUUAACAGUAGCAAUUUGUAUGUCUUGGUAUUAUUAUCACGUUUGUAUGUACAUGUAUGCUUGAUUCGCCUCUGCAUUCGCUCACUCACUUUCAUUGGCGUUUAUGCUCUAUUUCUUUUGAUGUACUUAUGCCUUAGUGACCUGUACCGCUCAAUAAUAGACCUAAGUUGGCACUUCUUGUUGCGUGCUGAAUUUGUAAAUAGUUUGGAUUUAUUUAAUAACGGUUACCAGGGCAAUUAAUAUACGAAGCCUAAAGAUUUAUCUCAAAUAUAAUUCACUACAUAGGUUCUGCGUUGCAUUUGACUGACUAUUGGUGAUUUGAUGGACGUCGACUUAAUCUAAUUCGUCAGCUAGGUUCAUUUUCGUUCGAUUUCAUACUUUUGUGGUUCAAUAUUUUACCUUAUUUUGUAGAUAACCGAACCAGAUUCUACUUGCAUGUAUCGUUGGAUAUCAUCUAAUCCGGUUUGUGAGUGUGUAGGUCUAGCCAUUUGUCGCGCUGUUGAUCCUACUGCUGGUGUAAUUUAUUUAACGACUGGUGUUUCUGAGGAUGAUUUGUUAAAAGUGACAGGAAUUCUGCGUGGUAAUGUCAACUUACCCAAUUGUUUUUUCCUAGAUCAGCCUUUCUUUCGGACUCAAGUUUAUGAAGAAACUUCAUCCUUCCUCCCCUACUUGGGUCCAGUCAGUACACAGGGAAAAGGACGUGCAGGUUUACCAUCCAGGCGUUCUUACCCUAAAACAAUGCAUCACGCCACCCAUCGUAUGGGCACUUCAGAUGUCAUGGACUAACUUUGUAUUUAUGCACUCAAAUUAAUCCUGAGAAACCUCUUUAUGUAAAGAUUUCACGUGUGUCUUUUCACCCGAAUAGCUUCAACCUGUUGUUAGUUUCUCUUUGACUACUUUUUAUACCGAAUACAAUUUCAUUAAUAAUUCUAUACCUCAUAUAAAGUUACUUUACCACUUAGACGUGCUACCUGUCAUUGACCAAAAGCUACCCAUCAGUAAUCCUCUCGUUUUUAGUUGUUCCCGAAUAAUAUUCAUAGCCUGUAUGCCUUCCGCCAAUUUCCAGGGUCAUAUGUUUCUACGUCUUGUCUCUGUUCCUUUGCUUUGAAAACUCCGAGUUGGGGUUCCCCUUUUGAUGAUGUGUACCGUAAAGUUGGUUCCGUCCACCUCCCUAAUUUCUUCCUCAACCGGCUUGUUCUCUCAGCAUUGGUUACUGCUGGUCUCGCCAAUGAGUUUGGAGUAUCUUGCACAGACAGCUGUUUAUGAAUACCUAGUCAUUUUAAAUGUUGAGGAAAGAUAACGAAUUAUCAACACAAAGUAGAUUUUAACGCACACAAAAACAUACCAAAAGGGUCUUACACCUUUUCUUUUUCUCAGCAAAGCAAUACUAAAGCUGAGAGUUUCCAGUUCCAUCAAUUCGUUUUACGCUUCCAUUGGAAGCAUUAAUGCAACUCCUUUUUGUCUAGAUUGCGUCCAAACACUUUCACUUAGUUCGUAUGUACCAAAGUACUAUUAUCUACACUCUUAUUUAGAUCACUAUGAAACCCACGUUCGUACAAUUCACGUGCCGACACUAACUGUUGCUUUGGUCGUUAGGCUUGUGGCUUACGAAGAGUCUUGCUCAGUGCCAUGAAGUGUCAUAACUCAACUAAUGGAAGACCCCUCAAUUUCCACACAACAAUUCUAGUGGUCCUUUCUGGUUAGUUUUCUCAUAGCUAGGUUUCACAAAGUGAACUUACUAAACUGGCUUCCAAACUUAAUCCUUCAGUCUAAAUUGACAGCGGCAGUAACUUUUGAAAGUUUUCAGAGGCGUUUAGGUAGUAGUAUCCAUACAUUACCUACAUCAAAGUAAAUCGAGAUUUAAUCACUAUAAGUUAAGCUUUCUCAUAAUGUCUUCGGACUGAAUUAUCUUUUACGCGUAUAUAACCAAACUGAAGCAGAGAUAUUCAGACAAGCAACAAAUGUAAGUCGAUUGUCACGAUAUUUGUUCGAUUUGAGGUAAUAGACACUUCUGCUUGUUUGUUAAAUUUUACCCUAAUUUUUAGGUCGAAAUGUCUCAACUAAAGUUCAGGGUAAAUUCUAGUUUAGUAAAUGUAAAUGUAAAAUUCAUAAUAACCUCUUAGUUAUAGUUGGCUUUCGGUGUGUAGUUGUUAGGUCAUAUCAAGAUACUAAUGACCAUAAUUAUAAGCCACCAAUCUUAUUGCGAGUACAUGGACACUUAAAUUCUGUUAUAUGAAGGGACAAAAGUUUAUAUUUUUCCUUUUAGUGGGCAAGGAUAUUUGAGUGCAGAGCACUGGGAUUCACCUGAUCUCCAUUGAAAUUUUGCAGUCAGAGCUCAGCAUCAAUAUUUUGAAUUUCUUGACCACAUGUGUAGUCUGUUUGUACGAUGCGAGUAAAAAUAUAUGGAUGUUGAAAGGAAUAUGCGGGACUGUUGCAAUACCGUCUGGGUCGAGCGUCGCGUUAUGCCUUGCUUCUCUUGAGCCAGUAUACAUUCACAAAAGAGCUGGAUAACACUAGUCUCUCCCGUUGUAGCAUUUCGAGAGAACGGUAUUUAAAUUGUAGACAACAUUUGGUACGUGUAAGGAAGUUACCUGUAACUGGAAUAUACAGUUACAGUAAGAAUUGCGUCUAAAUCUAGGUUGAAACUUGAUUGUCCAGCUACCUGAAACACUAGCAUGCUGAAUGCUCACAAAACUGACUAAUCUUCGUAACCUAGUUGUAUCUGUUGUUAUGAUUAUCGUUUUUUCUACUGAUUUAUGAUGUUUGUUGAGAAACUAAUCUUAGACAUAUCGCUGUUUGUGAAUGAGCGCUAGUGAAGAGUCUUUCUAGCACGAAAUGACCAUCUAGUCCUUUCAUAUUUCAAUUGUUGUUCAAACUAUGAUCAGCUCGUCAUUUGAACUGCGGAUGUUUGUUUUUAUCCAAGAUUAUGAUUCAGUCUGUCCGUUAUUUUGACGAUAUUCGUCAUUCCUAUCUUGUUUUGCGUUUUUGGCUUUGAAAGCCUAAGAAUUCCGGUUGUCGCAAAAGUGUAUUUCUGUUGUGACUGUUACUAGUUCGCAACAUUGUUAGAACUCGUAACAGGUGUCACUAUAAUCAUUAAUUCUAAUAGUUGUGGGAAGGUACCUACCAGCGCAUCGCUGACGGAAACGAAAACAAUAUUUUUACCAUAACGCUUAUCACAGUUCUGAGGACGAUAGCCAUUCGGUUCAUUUCGUAACUGCUAUUGGCAAAGAAGCUCUUAGUUUUUAGGAAGGUUGUGCAUAUACUGGUAGUUCUUUCCAUUCAGCAAGCUAAAGUGGUCACUGAAAGUUCAUUUUCACGGGGAAGACAACUUUUCAAUAAGUUAGUUCGUUCUCCGAGUUAGGCUACCAUACAUUUCAUACUAUAGGUUUAACUGCAUGCUUUUAAGCACAAUCCCAUUAAUCAGCUGCAUACUUAGAUUAGUGACUGUCUAGUUGUUAGUAAAAUUGACACUAAACUACCGAAAAGUUAAGCAGAUUUGUCACUGCCUUUUUUAGUCAACUGAGGAUUGCUUUAUGUAUGAUGUCAGUUGAGACCAAAGUGAUACUGUUUUGACAACAUGAUGUGUCGAUAUUGUAUGGAAGCAAGUCUAUUGCUUCAUGGAACACUCAAAUUUCUUCUGUAGGGGUUAGAUAAAGUAGUUUUUUUGUAAUUAGUUUUGGUAAUAUUUGCACUUUUCAUCAAUUACUUCAAUAUGUACAAUCACCACUAUUACCUGUAAAAUUGUCGUUUAAGAAACGUGACCCUUUAUUUUUCUGAUUUGUGAACACAAAACAUGACCCACUGAUUAUCGUUCACAAAUACAUCGCUGUUUACUUGGGCUAUUCUACUUUCUAAACAAACCAAUCUAUUCAUUCUUUUCAAGCCGCAUUUUAACCUUUCCCUUAGCUUAUUUAGCCUAUCUUUAUGUGACUAUAUGUGUUAAUUACUUACUCUAUUCAUUAUGUAUCUGUAACGGAAUUUUGUUUGGGUAUUUAUGUCUCACUUGUCUUUUUCAAUCUGCUUCCCUCUUUGUUUCGUCUCCUUGAUUUCCUGUUCAAACCAAUGCGUGCAUGAAAUAUACAUAUUCAAAAGCCAUUAUC